UGUAUAUAGAGAAGAUAAAUAUGGGGAAUUCCAAGGCAACGGCAGGGCUUCACAGAGGAGCAUGGUCCUCUGAAGAAGACGCAUUGCUCACAAACUACAUCCACUCGAAUGGAGAAGGCCAAUGGACGUCUCUCCCUCAGAAAGCUGGACUUCAACGGUGCGGGAAGAGCUGCAGGCUGAGAUGGAUGAAUUACUUGCGGCCCGGGAUCAAGCGAGGCAACAUCGGCGCCGACGAGGAAGACCUCAUCAUUCGGCUCCACAGGCUGCUGGGCAACCGAUGGUCUUUGAUAGCGAAGAGGCUCCCUGGUCGGACCGACAACGAGAUCAAGAAUUACUGGAACAGUCACCUGAGCAAGAAGCUCUCGUAUCUUUGCCAAAGCCAAGGGAUGAUGCACGGCAGCCGGAAGGCCAAGAAGGCAGAGGACAUGGGGCAAAGCAACACAGCCACGUUCACGGUAUACGCUCCGACGGCAGUCAGAGUAAUUAGGCCGAUCGUGAGGACGACCUUCAACAACGAGAGUAAGAGCCUUUGGCACAGAGAAGGUGUAGUACUAGACGUUAAUGCGGAGGAACUGGGCAUCAACGACAAGUGUAGUAGCGUUAGUGAAAGCGGUGACUUGCGUGAGGGAGGAGAUGUCAUGUUAUACGAGCAUUACGAGAGGCUCUUCAACGAGUACUCGCAGCUCUUGGCCAAUUCAGAAACAGAGACAACCUUAUGA